CACCACUUUACCCUGCACCCUCCUCCCACUUUUUUGGGCUAUAACCUCGCGCUUCAUUUUCAUUUGCUCUGAAUCUCAACCUACCAAUUUGGACUGUCUUUUACCUAAAAUCUGUCUCCCCAUUUUCUCUCUCUAGAAGCAAACCCGACAGUGAUCUGCAGCUGAGCGGGAGCCUUGAGAAACUGCGAAAAAAUGGCGGUGUUUCAGAGGUUUUCAAGGACUUUCAGGGAAAAUCCUUCGCUGGCUAAAAUGUUGAUUGUUUUCACCGUCAGUGGUGGGGGUCUUGUGGCUUUCUCUGAGGCUAAAUCGGAAAACGAAAUAAAAGUAAUCAAUUCAAAUGAGACUGAUCACAAGAAGAAAAGAGUUGUAGUGCUCGGAACUGGAUGGGCUGGAACGAGUUUCUUGAAAAACCUGAAGAACCCAUCGUACGAUGUGCAAGUUAUAUCGCCACGUAACUUUUUCGCUUUCACUCCGUUACUGCCGAGCGUGACCUGCGGAACGGUCGAACCUCGCAGUAUUGUAGAGCCGAUCCGCAACAUAGUGAGAAAGAAAAAUGUAGGUAUACAUUAUUGGGAAGCAGAGUGCUUCAAGAUCGAUGCGGAGAACAAGAAGGUUUACUGCCGAUCAAGUCCGUCAGGCAAUGAGAAUGAAACGGAGGAGAUUGUUGUCGACUAUGACUACCUCGUGAUUGCCACCGGAGCACGUGCAAAUACAUUUAACAUCCCGGGAGUGGCUGAAAAUUGCCAUUUUCUGAAGGAAAUAGAAGAUGCUCAGAGAAUCCGGAGGACAAUUGUUGAUUGUUUCGAGAGGGCCAGUUUGCCUAUCCUAACUGAUGAAGAAAGAAAGAAGAUCCUUCACUUUGUCGUUGUUGGUGGAGGUCCGACCGGCGUGGAAUUUGCAGCAGAGCUUCACGAUUACGUGAACGAAGAUCUCGUCAAGUUGUACCCCAAGGCUAAGGAGGCGGUCAAGAUUACUCUUCUUGAAGCUACGGACCAUAUUCUUAACAUGUUUGACAAAAGAAUCACGGCUUUUGCCGAGGAGAAAUUUCAGAGGGAUGGGAUUGAUGUGAAAACCGGGGCGAUGGUUGUCAAAGUAUCGGAUAAAGAAAUCUCCACCAAAGAAUUGAAGAAUGGGGGGGUCGUGUCCACUAUGCCGUAUGGAAUGGUUGUCUGGUCUACCGGAAUUGGAACUCGCCCUGUCAUAAUGGACUUCAUGAAGGAAAUUGGUCAGGGUAACAGACGUGUACUAGCAACGGACGAGUGGCUGCGAGUAGAGGGAAGUGACAGGAUAUACGCACUCGGAGAUUGUGCCACUAUAAAUCAACGCAAAGUCAUGGAAGAUAUUUGGGCUAUAUUCCAUAAGGCUGAUAAAGACAGCUCAGGCACACUUACUGUUAAGGAAUUUCAAGAAGUGCUUAAUGACAUAUGUGAGAGGUAUCCACAAGUAGGACUUUAUUUGAAAAAUCGACAGAUGAGCAAUCUGGUUGAUCUGUUGAAAGAAUCCAAAGGAGAUGCUGUGAAAGAGUCGGUUGAAGUGAAUCUCGAGGAAUUCAAGUUGGCUCUUUCCCAGGUCGAUUCUCAAAUGAAGAAUCUCCCGGCUACUGCCCAGGUUGCCGCACAGCAAGGCUCGUAUCUUGCUGACUGUUUCAACCGCAUGGAGGAUUGCGAGAAGAUUCCGGAAGGGCCUUUACGCUUCAGGGGUGAAGGACGACAUCGGUUUCGCCCUUUCAGGUACAAGCAUUUCGGGCAAUUUGCUCCAUUGGGAGGAGAGCAAACGGCGGCCCAGCUUCCGGGAGAUUGGGUCUCGAUUGGCCAUAGCACUCAAUGGCUCUGGUAUUCUGUGUAUGCCAGCAAGCUAGUGAGCUGGCGCACGAGGGCUUUGGUGAUAUCUGACUGGGCGAGGCGUUUCAUCUUUGGNGCCCGGAAAAUGUCGCAAAGCUUGGUAAGUAGAAGCAAGACGGUGUCGUUUCGGGUUAUGCGUUGUUGCAAGAUGUGU